CCCAGGAUAUUUGGCAGUCAACUUCCGAUGCUGAUAACCUCAGUCGUUGGAGAACCUACCAUGUUCGAGUGCCCCGCCAGAGGAUUUCCGCUGCCGAGCAUUUCGUGGGCGAAGGAGUCAGUCGCUCUCGAUAGCUCUCCAAAAAAUGGGACCUUGCUGAUUGAGGAGACGCAAACGAGCGACGCCGGGACUUACGCGUGCACCGCCACAAACAGCGCGGGAAUAGCCAGCCAAGAGUUUGUGCUGACUGUGCAUGCGGCUCCCACCAUUCAGAAAAGUAGCGAAGACGUCGUGGUGGUGGCAGGCCAGCCUGCCAUAUUGUGGUGCAACACAUCAGGAGACCCUGCACCGCAGGUCACGUGGCACAAAGACAACCGUCACCUUCAAGACGACAGCGAUGCUUUCGAGAUCCUGCCCAAUGCCGUGUAUAUCUACACCGCCAACGUGUCGGACAGCGGCCAGUACGUCUGCACGGUGCAGAACCACGUGGGAUCGUCGCAGGCCGUGAGAAACCUGGACGUUUUGGAUCCUCCGGCGAUCACCGUGUUCUACCCAGAAGAGCGCACUGUGGUGCAGGGCAGUGAAGUGUCCCUCGUCUGUCAGGCUAGAGGCCACCCGAAACCGACUGUGUACUGGGAGCACAAUGGCAAUCUCAUCAGCAAUCAGGAAGCGAGCCUGAACCAUAGGUACAUUUUUGUGACCGGAGGUGAACUCAAGAUACCCGUUGCCGAAGUCAAAGAGGCGGGGGAAUACAGGUGCACUGCCAAAAAUCAGGCUGGCUGGGAUACCCGAACGACAACGGUCACUGUUCACGGUCGCAAAGAAGAAACAUCAGAGGGCGUCAGUGUUCUAGCACUUGACUCCGUGUCUCAGCUGGAUCAAGGAACCUAUGUCUGCGUGGCGGCAAACAAUGUUGGACAGCAUAAAGCCUCCGCUGAUGUCAAGGUCAGGGGUAAGCCUUAG